AUGGCGGACCUCAGCACAGAGACUCGGUCCAGGGACGUCAAGGGAGGCUCGGGUCCUUCCCCAAGAAGGUCCCCGGUUCACCCCGAGUCCAGCGAGGGUGAGGAGGACUCCUUCCCCUCACAGAGAGGCUCAGGAUCCCCGUAUCCUCAUGGUGGGUCUCAGCACAGAGAGUCAGUUCAGGGACGACAUGGUGGACCUCAAAGGCAGUCCCAAGACAGCAGUCGACAGCCUCAGUCUGGCCAUCAGCAGCCCCCCUCUUCCGGCGCAGGGAGAUCUCCCCAAAGGUCCCCAGUCCACCCUGAGUCCAGUGAAGGGGAGGAGCACCCUGUAGUCUCACAGAGACAGCCAGCAUCCUCCCAGGGCCAUGGCGGACCUCAGCACAGAGACUCGGUCCAGGGACGUCAAGGGAGGUCUCCAAGGCAGGCUCAGGACAGCAGUAGACAGCCCCAGUCUGGCCAUCAACAGCCCUCUUCUUCAGGCUCGGGUCCUUCCCCAAGAAGGUCCCCGGUUCACCCCGAGUCCAGCGAGGGUGAGGAGGACUCCUUCCCCUCACAGAGAGGCUCAGGAUCCCCGUAUCCUCAUGGUGGGUCUCAGCACAGAGAGUCAGUUCAGGGACGACAUGGUGGACCUCAAAGGCAGUCCCAAGACAGCAGUCGACAGCCUCAGUCUGGCCAUCAGCAGCCCCCUCUUCCGGCGCAGGGAGAUCUCCCCAAAGGUCCCCAGUUCACCCUGAGUCCAGUGAGGGGGAGCAACACCCUGUAGUCUCACAGAGACAACCAGCUUCCUCCCAGGGUCAGGGUGGAUCUCAGCAUGGAGAGUCAGUUCGGGGAAGACAUGGUGGACCUCAAAGGCAGUCUCAGG